GCUCAUGUUCUCUCCAAGUGUAGACAAUAGAGUUGUCUUCCCAACCACUUUUUAACAUCACAAAUUAGCAAUGAUCAGACCAACCCCUUUGUAUAUAAGUAUGAGCAGUUGUGAAAUCCCUAGAUUAUUGUAAGCUACAAAACUUACAAUGGCCACCUUCAAAUUAGCGGUGAUUCUUACAAAUCCUUCAAACGAGGAUGAAUUCCUGCUAACGAAGCAAGCCAGGCCGAGCAAAUUCGAAGUUGAAGAGUACGAUUCGUACAUUGAUUCCGAUCUAUGGGACCUUCCUUCUGUUCAAUUGAGUUUAGGUGAAUCUGAUAUUCAAGUUCAGGGAGAUAAUAGCUUUGAUUUGAGCAAAUUUGACCUGCAUUUGGCUUUAAAUCAGAUAUCUGAGCAGGUAGGAAUUGAUUCACUGAUUGAAAGACGGUGGAGAUUCUGGAAGUAUGUGGAAGAGCCUGAAUUCGGACCUGGAUCUCCAAUCCAUACCGUUUUCAUCACUACCCACUACUCACUUGCUGAAAGGGGUUACAGCGUUGCUUGCCUGUGGACGACUUCGACUCAUUGCUCCAAAUGGCUCACUGAAGUCACACAAGAUAGUUACCGCAUAGGUCCUUUGGUGGCUAACAGUUUUCUACAUGACUCUGAAUACUCUAAGUGGGAACAUUCACAUAGUUUGCAUUAUCAGGAAUAUCCAUUGGGCAUUAUUCUUGUUCCAAUGGGAAGUAGAACCAGUAAGCCUUUCUCCACUACCAACUUGGUUGUCAUUGCUCCACAAACUAUAGCCAGUGUUGAAAAAGAUAAAGAUUUUGUUGCUUAUGGAGAUGCAUUAAUGGUGGAUCCAGGAUGCAAAUUGCAGUUCCAUCAGCAGCUUGCAGAUAUUGUUGCAGCUUUACCAAGAAAGUUGGUUGUGUUUGUUACACAUCACCAUCCUGAUCAUGUGGGUGGUUUGUCAGUUAUUCAAAUAUGCAAUCCUGAUGCUGUUCUGGUGGCCCACAAAAACACAAUGAAUCGUAUUGGAAAAGAUGACUGGUCUCUUGGAUAUACAUCAGUUUUUGGUGGGGAAGAAAUCUGUAUUGGGGGUCAGUGGCUUCAAGUCAUUUUUGCUCCAGGCCACACUGAUGGACAUAUGGGAUUGCUCCAUAUCAGUACUCAUACACUAAUUGUUGGUGAUCAUUGUGUUGGUCAAGGUAGUGCAGUUUUGGAUGCUUUUUCGGGUGGGAGUAUGGCAGAUUACUUUGAUACGACAUACAAGUUCUUAGGGCUUUUGCCUAAUACUAUUGUUCCUAUGCAUGGGAGAGUUAACUUGUGGCCAAAUCACAUGCUUUGUCAAUAUCUGAAGAAUCGCAGAGAUAGAGAGUCUUCAGUCUUAAAGGCCAUUGAAAAUGGCGCGACCACAUUAUUUGAAAUAGUUUCUACGAUAUAUAAAGAUGUUGAUCGUCGCCUGUGGUUAGCUGCUUCAUCAAAUGUAAGGCUCCAUGUCGAGCAUCUAGCUCAACAACACAAAUUACCUGAGAUAUGGAGCGUGAUACAAUUGGUAUGGACUCUCUUGUUCCUCGCAGGGAAUGUCAUUGUCAAGAUUUCAUAGGACUUGUGGAUUACAUUUCGUGCUUAAUUGGUUAUGGGUGUAUACGGACAAUUUGUUUUUAUCAAAUAUUAGAAGGCCUAAACUCAUUGUAUCAAUUGUUGUUGCUGGUGUUGCUGCAUUCUAUUGUGUAAGUAAGAACCAUAAUUAUGUUUAGAUUAUAAUUGAUGGUCUACGUUGUAAUGUUGGCAAUGUUUUUAUUUUUAUUUAUUAUGAGACAAGAUGACAAGGUUUAGCAAUUGAAGUAUUUCUUGCUCUAA